AGUGAAUUAGGUUCGAGACAGAGAGGGGUCGUGAAUGAAACGAAACUAAUUACCACUUUUUUCCAUUCCCGCGGGCUGAAGCUGAAAGUUGUUUUCCCAAAAGCCGCUGGUUCCACCUCCGCCAUGGCCCCGCCGCCCGUCGAUCCCAGUUCUCGGGAGGCUUUUCCGAGGAAGCAAUCGGCCCCAUACAAGUUCUUGGUUCCUCUCGUUUACGCCCCUGUUCUUCCUCUCAUUAGAAUUGCGCUGCGGAAAAACCCUGUUGUGAGGGAUCGGCUGUUCACGGCGGUUUUGGCUGGUGCUUUUGCCCAUGGCUUUUACUUGGUAACUGAUAUCUACGAUGCUGAGAGCAAGUAAGCUCAUUUUUCCCACCAUCACCUGAUGUUUGCUGAGAGAUCAUUAUUUACUCCUUUUUCUUUUUCUUUUACUCAAUAAUUCAUCCUAUCAUUUUUCUUCACUUGUUAUUAUCACUGGAACAAUGGAUUAAACUUUACCUGAGGAUUUCUGACGGCUAGUUAAGACUUUAGAGUUGUGUUGGAAAUAAUUACUCAAACCACACAUCAAGUUUUGGGGUCCCAUUACAAGUUGUUAGUUUGACUACAUUUUCUUUCUUAUUAUUUUCGGAAUUUAUAGUA